GCUUCGACGCGCUAUCGCCGCACCGCCACAGCUUGCACGGCGUCCGAGGAUGCGUCUGGCGGCCCGUACACGAGUCAAGCAUGGCGUUUGAGGUAUCGUAUAACCUCGAGAAUGAGCAGCAGUUCUGGGACGGUGAGGCGCCCGCUGCGAAGGACCCCGCCAUGCAAUGCAUGCACCCAGCACGCAGUGCUAACACGGUGCGCCACAGAGCUCGACGACAUUGUGUCGACGCGCUGCCAGCCGCACGACCACGAGAUCAUCGACAACGCCCUGCGCUCCUACCUCAACGUCACCACCAGCUACCAGACCGAGUACCUGCAGACCGAGUACAGCCUCGCAAAAUGCGUCUACCGCCUGAUCCAGGGCGAGCUCUUCACCCAGCACAAGGCCUAUGUCCGCCGGCAGAUCAUCUACUGUCUGCUGCAGGAGGACGAUAACCCCACGCUCCACAUGGUCGCCGCCUUCCUCCUCUUCGACGGCCGGAACGACCAGAACGAUGCGACGUUUGAGAUGAUGCACGAAGAGGGUGUGUUUGCGCGCCUGAUCGAGCUUAUCCAGUUGGAAAGCGUGCAGGAGGAGCCCCGGCUGCACCAGAUGCUGCUCGAGUUGCUAUACGAGUCCUCGCGCAUCCAGCGCCUGAAAUGGGAAGAUUUUGUGGCCGUGGACGACUCUUUCAUACUCUACCUACUCGGCGUUAUAGAAGGCGUGUCCGACGACCACGAGGACCCCUACCACUACCCCGUAAUCCGCGUUCUGCUGGUCCUGAACGAACAAUACCUCGUCGCCUCGACCCAGUCCCAAGACGGCCGUGUCACAAACCGCGUCAUCAAAGCCCUCUCCACUCACGGCAACAUCUACAAAACCUUCGGCUGCAACCUGAUCCUGCUCCUCAACCGCGAAUCUGAGACCUCCCUCCAACUCCUCAUCCUCAAAGCGCUGUACCUCAUCUUCGGAAACCCCCAGACCGCAGAGUACUUCUACACAAACGACCUGCACGUCCUCGUCGACGUGAUACUGCGGAACCUGAUGGACCUGCCCAGCGACUCCCCCGCCGCAAAUGCGCUCCGGCACACGUAUUUGCGCGUGCUGCAUCCGAUCCUGACGCACUCCCAGAUCAGCAAACCGCCGCACUACAAGCGCGGCGACAUCCACCAGAUCCUUACCCUCCUCAUCGCGAGCGGGAACCACUUCGCCCCCGUCGACGAAACGACGAAGCGCCUCGUAAACAGGUGCACCGCCGUGCCCUGGCUCAAACCACCCGUCAUCACGCGCACAGACACGAGCGAGACCAAUGGGAGCGACAGCGCGGUGCAGAGCCCCGUGGAGAGCGCGGUCGGCGACGGGCAGAAGGAGAUUGCGCGGCGCAUGCUGGGCAUGAGCGUCGAGGGCGGCGAGGCGAGCAGCACGAGCGUGCUCGAGGUCGCGAGCCACACGGAGAAGCCGGGGGUGCUGACGCCGAGUCGGCUCAAAGACAAAGAAGAGGGUGGCUAGCACCGUUCCGAGGCGCGCGUGCCGCGACUGCGGCUUUCGAGCAUUACCUGCAUUGCAUCGGUGGCGUGGCGUUCCCCGGGUCCUAGCUGUGAGCGUUCUGUCAGAUAACCCAUGUGCACUCGGCCUCGCCCGGCGUUAGCGGACGAGGCAUCCUUGGAAGCAUGUUAGAGUAACGGAAGACAUGAUUGCAAC